AUGAACAUCGCAGAGAUUGUCGCCAUGCAUGGCACAAAUUCGGACCACCAGGCUCCGCACUCUGCCCAAGGUCCAAUCCCCAGAGAUACCUUUCCCAUCUUCCACCCUUAUCCCCUUUCACUCAUUGACAUCCCCUGGCACCCCCAUCACAGCGCCGGCGGGGGCAGCAGCUCCUCCUCCGCCGCCGCCGCCGCCGCCUCCAACCAGCACCAGCACCCUGAUCUCGCUCUCUUCCUCAGAUACGUCCUCGACCAGGGCCGGGAAUGGAUGACCGCCCGCAUGCCCUGGGCCCGCUCCGGCGACAAGAGUGCUCCUGCGCGCCCGUCCAAGGCCAGGGUGCAGGUCUGCAGCUACGUCUCGCGGUAUCUACCGUACAAGGAGAGCGCCGAGAACCGGGGGCCGAGCGUGGACCACUGGUUCGGCCGGCGGAGCGUGCAUGAGGAUGUUGCGCGGAGGGGGAGCGCGACUCUUGCGGAGCUACGCGGAUUGUUGAAGGAUGAUCAUGCUGAGAAUGAGGUGCGAUAUAACCCUGGGGUGAUAGGGGUGGAGCGGGUGACAGCGUAUGAUCUGUCGAAAGUGGACGUUGGAGGUGGAUGGACGGAUGUCACAGCGUGCGUCAACACAAUCACCCACAAGUACCCAAUGUGCACAACACGCUGUUACGCAGUGCUUGAAAUAACCGCCACACUCCCAACACCGUCGUCUCCAACCCCAUCCCCGCCGGUCCCUGACGAAACUCACCGAAUCUCAGAACCCCCCGCCAGCAGCACCAAAGACCCAGGCUUCAUAACCAUCCAGAUACCCCUCGACCCUUCCGAACUCCCCGAAUCCGAGCGCCCACCCCGCAAAAACUGCAUCUUCGCCAACUACAUCUCCAUCGAGAUGGUGCAGCCGCUUCUCGCCCGUUUAUCAGAAGACGCAGUUAAAUCAGCUGCGGGGCUUGCUGAUGGCGGUGGAGGUGGCAGUGGAGCAUCGAACCCUCUCCAACAGAUAGAAUGGACGAUGGCCACCUCGGCGCAUGCGGGCGGUUGGAUCCCAGAGGCCGUGCAGCGGAGCUGGUCGCUGGGCGGCGUGCCGAAGCAGAUUGUCAAAGAUGUAGGAUUCGUAAUGGGUUAUCUUGCAAAGCGACGGGAAGAGGGAGAGAGAGGGGGGUGA